UCAAAACAGCCUGCUCGGCGCGUCUGCGGCCGCUCGGGGACCCUGGACCCGCCGUUCUCACUCCGGGCUGGCGCAGUGCUCCAUGGAGGGGCGGCCACGCCGGUGCUCACUGCAGUCCAACUAGUGCAGCAGAAGAGGCCAGUGACCGCUGCCGCCGAGAUGAAGUAUAAGAAUCUUAUGGCAAGAGCCUUAUAUGACAAUGUCCCAGAGUGCGCUGAGGAAUUGGCCUUUCGCAAGGGAGACAUCCUAACUGUCAUAGAACAGAACACAGGAGGUCUGGAGGGAUGGUGGCUCUGCUCCUUACACGGUCGUCAAGGCAUUGUCCCUGGCAACAGGGUGAAGCUUCUGAUUGGCCCGGUGCAGGAACCCUCCAUUCAAGACCAGCCUUCUUCGGGACCGUUGCAACAGAGUUUUGGCCAACAGAAGCUCUAUCAAGUUCCAAACCCACAGGGUGCUCAAGACACUGUCUACCAAGUGCCACCUUCUUACCAGAACCAGGGGAUUUAUCAAGUACCUGUUGGCCAUAGUGCCCAAGAACAAGAUGUCUAUCAAGUGCCACCAUCCGUGCAGAGGGGCACUGGCGGAGCUAACAGUUCCUACUUAAGCAAAAAGGUGAUAACCCCAGUGAGAACAAACCUUGGCUAUGUAUACGAGUACCCAACCAGAUACCAAAAGGACACCUAUGACAUCCCUCCUUCCCAUGCCACUCAAGGGGUAUAUGACAUCCCUCCAUCAUCAGUGAAAAACUCUGCAUUCUCAGUUCCAGUGGGAGAGAUGAAACCUCAAGGGGUAUAUGACAUCCUUCCUACCAAAGGGGUAUAUGGUAUUCCAUCUUCUUCCAGCCAAGAGGAAGCAGGACUCAGGGGAAAAGAGUAUGAUUUUCCACCUCCAGUAAGACAAGCUGGAGGGUUAAAAGCCAGACCUGAGGGUGUUUAUGAUAUCCCCCCAACUAGCACCAAGACAGGGGAAAAGGACGUUCAUAUAAAAUACCACUGUGAUGCUAUAGGAGUUUCUGAAGAGGCCGCACAAAAACACCCAGGUGCGUCCCCAAGCCAUAUACCCCGACAGCUGGGACAGUCAGCAGGCACUCGGAACGAUGCUUAUGAUGUCCCCCGAGGGGUUCAAUUUCUUGAGCCACCAGCAGAGACCAGUGAGAAAGCCAACUCUGAAGAAAGAUAUGGAGUUUACGAUGUUCCUCUACACAACUCAUCUGACACCCAAGGCUCUCAAGAUGUGGUAGAUGGGAUCAACAGGUUGUCUUUCUCCAGUACAGGCAGUACCAGGAGUAAUAUGUCCACGUCUUCCACAACCUCAAAGGAAUCUGCAUUGUCAGCGUCCCCUUCUCAGGACAAAAGACUUUUACUGGAUCCAGACACCGCCAUUGAGAAUCUUCAUCGGCUCCAACAUACCCUAGAGAUGGGCGUCGCCAACCUAAUGGCAUUGGUCACCACCGACUGGCGAUGCUAUGGAUACAUGGAACGAAACAUCAAUGAGAUACGCACCUCAAUUGACAAGGUGGAACUGUCCCUGAGAGACUACCUUCAUUUUGCCAAGGGAGCUGUAGCAAAUGCUGCCUGCUUCCCAGAACUCAUCCUCCACAAUAAAAUGAAGCGGGAGCUCCAAAGAGUAGAAGACUCCUACCAGAUUCUCAGUCAAAUUAGCCAUGAUCUAAAUGAGUGCAACUGGUCCCUGAAUAUCCUAGUCAUCAGCAAGCCCCAAAACAAGCGUGAUGAUCUGGACCGGUUUGUGAUGGUGGCAAAGACAGUGCCAGAUGAUGCCAAGCAGCUCACCACAACCAUCAAUACCAAUGCGGAGUCUCUCUUCAGACCAGGUCCUGGCAGCUCACAAGGGAUGAAUGGACCCGAGAGCAUCAUGAACUCUGUCGAGCACCACCCUGGGCCCCAGCUGCUGCAUCCUGGGGAACACAAGAACCAAGCCCUCAAUAAGCCGUUGACCUCAAACCUAAGAAAGGACCAAGCCCCUGAAUGUAGUAGCAGUGACGGCUCUGAAAGAAGCUGGAUGGAUGAUUAUGACUAUGUCCACCUACAGGGAAAGGAGGAGUUUGAGAAACAACAGAAAGAACUAUUGGAAAAAGAAAAUAUCAUCAAACAGAACAAGAUGCAAUUGGAACAUCAUCAGUUAAGUCAGUUCCAGUUGUUGGAACAAGAGAUUACAAAACCUGUGGAGAAUGACAUCUCCAAGUGGAAGCCCUCGCAGAGUCUCACAACCACAACCAGCAACGUGAGUGCUCAAGACCGGCAGUUGCUCUGCUUCUACUAUGACCAGUGUGAGACCCACUACAUCUCUCUUCUCAACGCCAUUGACGCUCUCUUCAGUUGUGUCAGCUCAGCCCAGCCCCCACGGAUCUUUGUGGCCCACAGCAAGUUUGUCAUCCUAAGUGCACACAAACUGGUGUUCAUUGGAGAUACCCUGACAAGGCAAGUUGCUUCCCAGGACAUUCGCAACAAAGUCAUGAACUCCAGCAACCAGCUCUGUGAACAGCUCAAAACCAUCGUCACCGCCACCAAGACUGCUGCUCUCCACUAUCCCAGUACUACCGCUUUGCAGGAAAUGGUCCACCAGGUCACAGACCUUUCCAGAAGCACUCAGCUUUUCAAACGCUCUUUGCUGGAGAUGGCAACGUUCUAAGAAGGAAAGGGAGGGUCCACACGGGUGACUAGGGAAAACUGGAAAUACUGUCUGGUUUUUGUAAAUGUUAUCUAUUUUUGUAGAUAUUUUAUUAUGAAAAUAAACUAUUUUAACAUUUUAUGAGCUAAGCAACAUUCAUAAAUUCAGGGAGUUUGAUGGGGAACGAUAUUUUUUGUCUGGUUCUUCUGUAUAAAUAAGCAUUUUAAAGAUGUUAAACAAAGACUUGCAUUUGUAUGUCUAUGUAUUCAUGUUUGUUGGUAGAUGUUUUAUAAACAUUCUGUACUAUUAGCUUAAAAGGCUAAUAAGCACCUUAGUAAGGAUCUCCAGUGCUGCAUUUUUUUUAAAGAAAAUAUAUCAGCUGGUUGUAAUAUUGCUCUCCCUAUGUUGAGUGAUUAUUCUGAGUCUGUCACUUGCAAGUGUUGGAAGCAGAGAAUGUGUGCCAGCUUCCAUCUCCCAAAAAUGAGGCAGGUUGCGGAUUGUCUUGAUUUCUCAAUUCCUUCAAAGAGUGAUUGUUCUGGGGACAUUGUGAGAAGAAGUCUCUCUCCUUGUUAAAAACCAAAACACCCCUUUUAGCAAGUUUCAGGAAGCAUAUAUUCAUUCAAGUUUCAAAAUUUUAAGGGCUCUGAAAGAGAAGUGUUUCUGUCAUUGGAUGCCCUGUCUUCAGUUCAGACGGGUUUCACCCCAAAGAGGCGGCCCCAGGUACACAGGAGCCUGGAUUUCCCCAGAAACUUUCCCAGAAUUUUUUAUUAUCUUCAUUUAUGCAGUUUUCCAUUGUAUGCUUAUAGAUUUGCACAAAAAUUUAUUGUUUGCAACAGGAAUUUAUAUUUGAGAAAAAGCAUAGCUGGCUGUGAUCAUCCACAAAGUGAAAGGAUGGUUCCUUCUGCCUGUUGCAAGCAGAGGCCUUUCUGAGCCUCAGCAUUUAGCUAGGUGCUGCUGCCAUCGUUACCUGAAUGGAAAGGUCAGUUCUUUGAUCAUAUAUAUCUGAUUGGAGUCACAUCCGACUCUAUAAGAAUGCAUUGUGUUAGCACAAGAGACAGGACCACAUGCUCUGUGUGCACCAGGCUUGGUUUGAUCCCAGGCACUAAAUGGUCCUCUGAGCACUGUUAGGUAUAGUCCUGGAGGUCUACAUUAGCCUAGGUGUGUCUCUAAUAGCUGCUAAGCACUGGGGUGGCUGUGGUGGUCCCAGACAUUCAUUAUAGGACUAAGCAGCGCAGCAUUCGUGAGUCCUACCAUUGAGCCAUUCAACCCAGUUGGCUAAAUAUUGCUGAAAGUAGCACACAGGUACCCUGAGCACUUCUUGGAUGCCUUCCUCAAAAAUACAAUUCAGCAACAAGGAGCCUUUGCAAUGUUUGUGGCCCAAGUCUGUGCACUCGCCUGUACAGAGACCGCUGCAUCUCUCAAUUCCUUGUCACAUUAUCUGAAGCAUGGUGUGUUCCCUCGCACCUGCUGAUGUUGGCAGAGUACAAACACUAUCGCCACCAGAUUCAAAACAGAGCAAAUGAAGUACUUCCCAACCAAUGCGUUGCUAUAGCCACAUAUUCUGGAAAUUAAAAGGAAUAUUAUCUAGGGUCUUUUGGUUUCGUUAAUAUUUAAUGAUUUUAUUCUACCCUCAUUCACAGUGGUUUUAUUUGCAACCUAUGCCUUGACUUGAUUAACCUUGCCCAUUUUAGGUGACCAAAUGAUUAGAAUAUGAAAGGAUUUAAAUCAAGAUAAGAGGGCGGGGCAAGAGCAAUAGCACAGGGGGUAGGGCAUUUGCCUUGCACACAGCUGACCUGGGUUCGAGUUCCAGCAUCCCAUAUGGUCCCCUGAGCACCGUCAGGAGUAAUUCCUGAGUGUAGAACCAGGAGUAACCCCUGUGCAUCACCGGGUGUGACCCAAAAAGCAAAAUAAAUAAAUAAAUAAGAAAUAAGAGGGCAUAAUCUCAGUAUGACGAAAAAAAAAUCAGUGUGGGAUCUGGGAGAUAACUCAAAGGGCUAAAGCAUAUGCCUUGCAUGCAUGAGGUCCUGAUUUUGAUUCCCAGCGCUGCAUCCUGCCCCUCCCUCACCCCAUCCAUGCUCAUACCCAGCAUUGCCAGGUAUAGUCAUAGGAGCUCCCUCAUACUUACCCUGGUACCUACCACCAUAUCACUGGGCCUAGCAUUGAACCCACACUGCUCAACUGAAUAUUGAUGGGGGUGGUUACUAUAUUCCCAGCACUGGAGAGCCAGUCCCCUACUCCCCUGGAAAAUCAAUGAAGUUUAUGACAGAUGGUGGCUGUCAUAAAAAAAAAGUAGAUCUCAUAGGUAGUUCUGCUCUAUCAAAAGAAGAGAAAAUGAUGUAUAGAAUGUAUGGGAGAGAAUGGGGACUGCUAAGAACAUGCUUUGAGCAAAAAGCAUGUUCUUUUAUGUGUGUAUUUCUUAGAAGAUAACAGACUUACUCACUACUUCAGUUUCAAAAAUGUUUGUUUAAUCUGUAUUACUUUGCCAAUUUGAGGCCAUUAAAUGUUAGAAAUCUUUUUGUAUAGCCAUU